AACCUUGCAAUGAUAAAACCAAUGAUAAAAUCCUUACGAACGUUGUUCUAAACGGCCUCCAGGGGGCUACGACAAUCACGAUGGCGUCGACUGAGAUGGCUGCAUUGUAUGCGACAGAUGAAAAAGGCUCCUAUAUACCGGCAACACAAAGACCUGAUGGAACUUGGCGCAAGGCACGGCGUGUCAAAGACGGUUACGUGCCCCAGGAAGAGGUUCCCCUGUACGAGAGCAAAGGAAAGUUGUGGGCCAAGAGCCAGUCCGGGACCAAGUACCCUGUCGGGCUGUCAAAAGCAGAGAUUGAGGAGUAUGAAGCUAAACAAGCAGCACAGCAGCAGCCAGAGGCAGCAAAAAAGAAGAAGAAGAAAAAGAAGGCGGCUGGCAAAUGUGCCGAAGCUUCUGAAGGUGCCGUGGAGCAGCUGGCGACAUCCCUGGAGUCACAGGUCAAGUUAGAAGAACCAGCGCAGCCACCAUCAGCUGCUUGCGCAGACCCUGCCAAGAAACUGCGCAACUUGCGCAAGAAGCUGCGUGACAUAGAACAGCUGAAGAGGAGGAUAGAGUCUGGCGAGUUAGCCAACCCUGAACCUGAGCAACUUGAGAAAGUAUCGCGCCAGGAUGAGAUAGAGGCACAGAUAGAGGAGCUUGAGCUUGACGGCAUUGAAUGAGGAGUUUGCUGAGAAGACCAGCAGCUCAGCACACGCCCGAAUGUUCGCCAGUGGCAUGUCCCACUUUGCUGCCCUUACCGCACCACCUCUGGAGACUGCUGCAGCAGCACCGCAUACCAGUGAAGCUGCGCCGAGAUGCCACUGGCCGCGCUUGUGUGUCCUUCCCACGAAAGGUGUGCUGCUCUGGUUACCCGAUGGGACACAGUUCUGGACUCUGUGGCUUCUGUCCAGGCAUACCACCACCCACCCAUUUUCACAGUCAUUGUGCCGAUUCGUGCACGAACCACUCCAACCAGGAGGCAUUUGCAAGAUUUCCAUGCAGAUGCCUGACCUCAUAAUCACACUUGCACUCUCCCAUAUGAUGGCUCUCUUCUUGUCCCUGUCAAGGCAAGCUGGAAGCAGCUACCUCGUUCUCUUAUUUAAUAUUUGUGCAACUCGAGUGAACUUUGUAUUUGGCCCAGACCAAAAGGUUUGAGAACUGGUCGCAAAGCGAUCUGUGUGCAGGACUGCAUUUUCAGCCUAAGUUAUGGUCUUCAACAUGACAACCCAAAUGAAUGUCAGUCUGGUCCAAACAAAGGGAUGAAAUAUUUUGGAAAGAUCACAUCUGUGCUGUUCUAACACCACGCUGCAAGAUGCCAUAAGUCUGAGACACAUAUCCUUUCAUAAUCAUGAACUUCAUAAGAGACCAUCACUAAAUAACUCGGAAACGCAAAAUUUUUAAAUAUUUAUUAUACCAUCUGCUCACAAAGAGCUGACUGUUGAGUCAGAUGUCCAUAAGCUCAUUGUAGCCUUGGGAAAGGUGACUGGUUGACAAGCUCUGAAAGAAACCAUGCAAGACGCAAGAGGUUCGUUGUUGCAGUUUCUGGACAUUUUACGAGCCUCGAAAUGUGACAUUUUGGUAGGUUGAUAUACUGGGCUAUGUUUAGUGAAAAACACGGAAUAGGCCCGCAUGUAAAGAAACAAAGAAAGUGUUUCAACAAAACAUUAAAGGAAGUUAAAACAUUUUG